AUGAACAAACCAAAGCUGGCCUUCGGGCUCAACCUGACGAAAAAGCCUGGCGCAUCCAAGCCAGUGCCUACGAGAUCAAAACCUAUGUUCAGUAGCCAUGACAAUGACUCGGACGAUGAAGGGGCUGCCGGAGACUCCAAAAUUGAAGAAAUUGGAGGAGAUCUGGAUGAUUUCACGUCUGCACCAACGCCAGCACAAGCGGAUUCAACGAAGGGUCCCAAAUCAAAAAAGGGCCUCGUAACUGAACCACCAAAGCUGAAAUCAAAGCCUCAAACAAGUGCAAUGUUUGGCGACCUCGCCAGCACUCUCUCCUCCCGCAAGAAUGCAGAGGCGGCGACCGAACUGGACGCCAGCGUCUACGAGUACGACUCUAUAUACGAUUCCAUGAAGCCACAGAAAAACAAGUCCAAGGAAGACGAAGAACGGAAACCAAAAUACAUGAAAAAUCUGAUGCGCGCGGCCGACGUGCGGAAACGAGACCAACUGAUUGCCGAGGAGAAGAAGAUUGCACGGGAGCGCGAAGCAGAAGGAGACGAGUUCGCCGACAAGGAGAAAUUCGUGACGGAGGCAUACAAGAAGCAGCAGGAGGAGAACAAGAGAUUGGAGGAAGAGGAGCGCAGGAAAGAGGAGGAGGAAUCGAAGAAGAAUGAGGGCAAGGGCAUGGCGUCUUUCUACCGGAAGCUGCUAGAUAAGGAGCAGGAGAGGCAUGCGGAGACGGUUCGGGCUGCGGAGGAAAUGGCCAAGAGAGGCCCAACGGAGGCAAAUGAAGAGGAUGGAGGAGAAGCUGAUGAUGAUAAAGAAAAAGAAUAUGCCAGAGCGGCGCAGGAGCUCAACGAAAAGGGCGCCUCCAUCUCCGUCAACGAGGACGGCCAGGUCGUCGACAAGCGACAACUGCUCAAGGGCGGCCUCAAUGUCGGCGCAAAGAAGCAAGUCGAAGCGCAGCGAGAAGCCGACCGGCCGGCGGAGCGGGAGCGCCGGGAAAUCACAGGGCAGCAGCUCGGCCGGAAGCAGGCCAUGAGGGAGAGGCAGUCGCGGAUGCUUGCGGAACAGCUGGAAGUGUCGCUGAAGCGCUCGCGAGAGGCGGAGGAGGCAAAAAGGGAGGAGGUGGAGCGGGCAGCCAAGACGCGCAAGACGGAGGGGGAGAUUUCGGGGGCCAAGGAGAGGUAUCUUGCCAGGAAGAGGGCGGCGGAGGAGGAGAAGAGG